ACGGAACACGAGCGAGCGAACGAAGAUGUCCGUCACUUCCGAUUACCUAUAGCGGGGCUUGCGCGCAAGCUCGCCGACUUUUCUUAUCGCUUAUCAACAGCCGCGGGGCUCGAUGGCCCGAAGCGUCGUCCUCGUCGUCGUCGGAGCCUUUUCUUGGAAAUAGGAAGAGGAGAUAAAAGCUAGGAGCGGAGCCGCGCCCGCGUAUACACAGGCGUCGUGGAGGAAGGAAGAGAGAGAGAGAGAGAGAGAGAGAGAGAGAGAGAGAGAGAGAGAAAGAGAGAGAAAAGGAGAAAGAGAGCGGCAGUCGGAGCGAAAAGAGAGCUGCCUGAUAAUUUCGCACGCGCCGAGCGGAGAAAGCGCUAGAGAAGGCGCGCGCGCGCAGCUGCAGGAAGAUCGGACAUGACGUCGUUCAGCGGGAAUGACAGUUGACGCGGGAGUCAAUCCGAGCGGCGAGCCGGCGGUGCAGUCAGAACGACCCGGGGCUGCUUUGCCGGCUAACGAUCGCGACAAGGCCGAUCAACAGAGGCAGCAACAACAUCAACAAGGACCAGCAGCACCAGCACCAGAGGGUCAACAAUCAGAGGAGGAGGAGCAGAGGCCAGUGGCACCGGGCUCGCGCAGCAGCCUCUGCCGCAUCUGUCGGGCCUCGUCCUGGACCAAGGAGCCCCUCAUCUCGCCCUGCAGAUGCAAGGGGACCCAGGCUCACGUGCACCUCUCCUGCCUGGAGCGAUGGCUGAACCAAUCCUGCCGUAACUACUGCGAGCUCUGCAACUUUCGCUACAACGCACUCGAGACGCCGCGUUAUGGAUGGUUCGAGUCGCUGAGAAUCUGGGUCAACCAUCCGCGUAACAGACAGCACAUCAGGACGGACUUUUUGAUAUUCGCGCUGCUCACCGUUUUCACCGCCGGAUUGUCGAGUGUCUGUUUGCUAGGUUAUCAAAGAACGCAUCACUUCGUGCUCGAGGGCACCAGAGUCGGGUUCUCCGAGACGUGGACCAGAGUAGCCAUCGCCGUCUUCAUGGCCAUAGCCAUUCUAGGCUACAGCGCCUGGGUUUAUCUCUUGAUAAAGAAUCAGGCGACGCCGUGGUAUCGCUGGUGGCGCGGUACCGUCAACGUUCGCCUCCUUCUCGAGCCGGAGCUUCGACUGCACGACGGAGCGAACGCCGUCGACGAUGAGCACCGAUAGAGCUACCACUGCAGUGCUCAGGGCUAACUGCGGGAGAAAUUUCGCCGCGCGCUGCGUCGAUAUUCCCAGCUAUAAACUGCAGCAGCAGCGUAAAGCUUUACCAGCGAAAUAACGUCAUAUGUAAGUGCAGCAGCAGCAGCAGCAGCUAAGGUAACGAAGAAGUAACAAGAUACGCUGACGACUGGAAAGAGCAUUCGCACCAGCACGAUCGUUAGCUGUGGCUGCGCAACAGAGAGGCGUUCGCUCGUAUAUACGUUCCUUCGCCUUCGGCCAAGAAGAAGGGGAGUGAGGGAGAGAGCAAGAGGGAUUCCAAUUAGACCUUUUUAUCCCGCACGUUUUUAUAUACGUGCGCGCCGCGGCACGGCAGAGGAUGCAGGUUAACGUAUAGGCGCCUAACGGACGCGCCUCGGGGCUCUUAAUGAAUGGCGCCCUCGGCCGCGCGCAAGCGAAAUUACACAUCGCUGAUGAUUUUUUGUGCGAAAAUUUCGCAUUAACUUUUCCUCUCACGCCUUGCUUGUACGUCACAGCUGAGAAGAAAGAAAAAAAAACGAAAAGCUCUACUGUA